AUGAGCGAUCAAAGGAGUAAAACCAAUAGGUGGAACUGGGAGGUGAGUGGAUUCGAACCGAGGAAGUCGUCUUCGAAUGCAUCCUUUGAGGAGACUAGUCACCGUACGACUGGUCCACUGGUUCGUCGGAACUCGAUUUCCACGGCUUCUCUUCCGCCUCACUCCUCGUUGCUCCCGAAGAAGCAAGCGCUUGCUUCUAAGGUUAACGGAUUAAAGGAGAAAGUUAAGCUUGCGAAGGAGGAUUACUUAGAAUUGAGACAGGAAGCAACUGAUCUGCAGGAGUAUUCUAAUGCAAAGCUUGAAAGGGUUACACGUUAUUUAGGUGUUCUGGCUGAGAAAAGUCGUAAAUUGGAUCAAUCUGUUCUUGAGACUGAGGCUAGGAUAUCUCCACUUAUCAACGAGAAGAAAAGACUGUUUAAUGACUUGUUGACGGCCAAAGGGAACAUUAAGGUUUUUUGCCGUGCAAGACCAUUGUUUGAGGAUGAAGGUCCCUCUACUAUAGAAUUCCCCGGGGAUAGCACCAUAUGUGUAAAUACUAGUGAUGAUACUCUGUCCAAUCCCAAGAAGGACUUUGAAUUUGACCGAGUUUAUGGACCUCAUGUUGGUCAAGCUGCACUGUUCGGUGAUGUCCAACCUUUUGUUCAAUCUGCACUGGAUGGAUCUAACGUCUCUAUAUUUGCCUAUGGACAAACUUAUUCAGGGAAGACAUACACCAUGGAAGGUUCGAAUCACGACCGUGGUUUAUAUGCUCGUUGUUUUGAGGAACUUUUCGACCUAGCCAAUUCUGAUUCAACUUCCACAUCUCGAUUCAGUUUCUCUGUUUCAGUGUUUGAGAUUUAUAAUGAACAGAUCAGGGAUUUACUUUCGGAAAUUGAGAGCAACUUGCCGAAGAUCAAGAUGGAUUUACACGAAUCUGUUAUCGAACUCAGACAGGAAAAAGUUGAUAAUCCGUUGGAGUUCUUAAGAGUUCUAAAAUCUGCACUUCAGAACCGGGGCAAUGAUAAAUCAAAAUUUAAUGUGACCCAUCUGAUUGUCACAAUACACAUAUACUAUAGCAACACGAUUACGGGAGAAAAUAUAUACAGCAAGCUUUCUCUGGUUGACUUGGCUGGAAGUGAAGGUUUAACCGAGGAAUAUGACAGUGGAGAACACGUCACUGAUCUCCUUCAUGUCAUGAAUUCAAUUUCAGCGUUGGGAGAUGUAUUAUCUUCUUUGACGUCAGAAAAAGAUUCAAUUCCUUAUGAGAAUUCAGUUCUUACGAGAAUACUUGCAGAUUCACUAGGGGGAAGCUCCAAAACAUUGAUGAUCGUUAACAUUUGUCCAAGUGCGGAAAAUUUGUCUGAGACAAUAUCAUCUCUAAAUUAUGCUGCUAGAGCUAGGAAUAUUGUACCAAGCCUUGGGAAUCGAGAUACAAUAAAGAAAUGGAGAGAUGUGGCAAGUGAUGCUCGGAAGGAGCUGUUGGACAAAGAGAGAGAAAAUCAGAAUCUGAAACAAGAGAUUGUGGGCUUAAAACAAGCACUUAAAGAUGCAAAUGACCAGUGUGUGUUGCUCUACAGUGAAGUGCAGAGGGCAUGGAAAGUUUCAUUUACAUUGCAAUCAGAUUUAAAGUCAGAGAAUACUAUGCUUGUAGAAAAACAUAGACUAGAGAAGGAGCAGAAUUCUCAGUUAAGAAAUCAGAUAGCUCAAUUUUUACAGUUGGAUCAGGAACAGAAGCUGCAAAUGCAACAACAAGAUUCCACCAUUCAAAAUCUCCAGGCUAAAAUUAUAGAUUUGGAAUCACAAGUAGGUGAAGCCGUUAGAUCCGACACAACAACAACAGGAAAUGCCUUGCAGUCUCAGGACAAAUUUUCUUCGAUACCAAAAGCGGCUGAGAGCACAAUUGACUCUUCUUCUGUUACCAAGAAACUAGAGGAAGAACUGAAAAAACGUGAUGCACUGAUUGAGAGGUUGCAUGAAGAAAAUGAAAAGUUGUUUGAAAGAUUAACAGAAAGAUCAAUGGCUGUUUCGACCCAGGUAUCAAGUCCCUCAUCAAAAGCCUCGCCAAACAAUCAGCCUCCCAAUGUUCACAGUAGAGGCGAAGCAUUUUCGGCAGAAGCUGUUGCUUUACCGUCUACAGCAAAUAAGAAUAGCGGAGCGAUUACUGUAGUAAAAUCUGGCUCUGAAUUAGUAAAAACCACUCCAGCUGGAGAAUACUUGACAGCUGCAUUGAAUGACUUUGACCCUGAAGAAUAUGAAGGUCUUGCUGCCAUUGCUGACGGCGCAAACAAGCUACUGAUGCUGGUUUUGGCUGCUGUUAUCAAGGCUGGUGCUUCCAGAGAGCAUGAAAUCCUUGCUGAGAUCAGAGAUUCAGUCUUUUCAUUUAUCCGGAAAAUGGAAUCAAGAAGAGUAAUGGAUACCAUGCUUGUUUCCCGAGUCAGGAUAUUAUACAUAAGGUCCUUACUGGCACGGUCACCUGAGCUUCAGACUAUCAGGGUCUCUCCUGUCGAAAGCUUUCUUGAGAAGCCUAAUACUGGUAGAAGUAAAAGCACUAGCAGGGGUACCAGCCCAGGCAGAUCCCCAGUUCGAUAUUCGGAUAUGCAGAUUCAUGGUUUUAAAGUAAAUAUAAAGCCAGAAAGGAAGAACAAGUUUUCAUCUGUGGUUUCAAGAAUGCGUGGACUGGAACAGGAUUAUGGGAGGCAGCAAGUUACUGGAGUUAAGCUGCGGGAGAUGCAAGAUGAAGCCAAAAGUUUUGCUAUUGGGAACAAAGCCCUAGCUGCAUUAUUUGUUCACACUCCGGCUGGCGAACUGCAGCGACAGAUUCGGUUAUGGCUUGCAGAAAAUUUUGAGUUUCUUUCCGUUACAGCAGAUGAUGUGUCGGGAGGAACCACUGGGCAACUAGAGCUCCUUUCCACCGCAAUUAUGGAUGGUUGGAUGGCUGGACUAGGGGCCGCGGUGCCACCUCACACAGAUGCUCUCGGCCAGCUUCUGUCUGAGUAUGCAAAACGUGUUUAUACUUCUCAAAUGCAGCACAUGAAGGAUAUUGCUGGUACCUUGGCAGCAGAAGAGGCAGAAGAUGCUGGUCAAGUGGCUAAGCUUCGAUCUGCUCUCGAGUCCGUUGACCACAAAAGAAGAAAGAUUUUACAACAAAUGAGAAGUGAUGCAGCUUUGCUUAACUUAGAAGAAGGCAGUUCUCCUGUUCAAAAUCCUUCGACUGCAGCUGAAGACUCAAGAUUAGCGUCUCUCAUCUCUCUGGAUGGCAUAUUGAAACAAGUCAAGGACAUUACAAGACAAGCCUCUGUCCAUACUUUGAGUAAAAGCAAGAAGAAUGCAUUACUCGAGGCCCUUGAUGAACUCACUGAGCGAAUGCCUUCUCUUCUUGAUAUUGAUCAUCCAUGUGCACAAAGAGAAAUCGCUACAGCACGCCAGUUGGUUGAGACAAUCCCUGAACAAGAGAACAAUAAUCUUCUGGAACAAUCGCACGACCGGAGACCCUCAUUAGAAUCAAUAUCCUCAGGUGAAACCGAUGUGUCUCAGUGGAACGUUUUGCAAUUCAACACAGGUUCUUCAGCCCCAUUCAUCAUAAAAUGUGGAGGUAACGCCAACUCAGAGCUCGUGAUCAAGGCUGAUGCACGUGUUGAAGAGCCUAAAGGAGGUGAAAUUGUCAAAGUUGUCCCAAGACCUUCUGUGUUAGUUAACAUGAGCUUAGAGGAAAUGAAACAAAUGUUUGCUCAAUUACCCGAAUCUCUAAGUUUGCUGGCUUUAGCUAGAACAGCUGAUGGUACAAGAGCUCGCUACUCUAGACUCUACAAAACUCUGGCCAUGAAGGUUCCCUCUCUUAGGGACCUUGUUGGGGAGCUGGAGAAAGGUACCUAA